CGGUCACGUCACGCCCACCACCGCGCGGAGCGGAGGAUUCUCUGAGUCAUAAGAGAAAAAAAAAAAUCAUUACUGCUUUGCUGCAAAGUUGGGGAGAGAGAGAAACAAAAAAUCUGGGGACUUGAAUCGUGACAGCAUGGAUGGAUCUGGUGCGUUAUUUGGCGCAUUCGGCGUGCGUCGCGCUCCCAGGAUCUGGUGCGGCUGGAAGGUGUUCUUUCUGCUCACCGUCUUCUCUCACAAGUACCUGAGCUCCUUGCUGGACUGCCCACCCACCUGCACCUGCUCGCCCACAGAGAUCUACUGCAAUAAGUCCGACAGCAGCGAGUUCUUACCGCUGCUUUCCUUCCAGGGCGCCGACAGCGCAGGGAACAGCACCGGCGGGAUCGAGGAUCUUUUCCAGAACAUCACCUCCAUACACAUUGAGAACUGGACGGGUCUGCAAGUCUUGAAGAACAUGGACUUGGAGCUCUACACUGGCCUAGAGAGGCUCACAAUUACAAAGAGUAGCCUGCAAACAAUCCGUGCUAAUGUCUUCUCCAAGAACACCCAUCUGCGCUACAUAAACCUGUCCAAGAACCCCUUGCUGACCACGUUGUCCUGGCAGAUCUUUGACAAUCUGCAGCUCAGUGAACUUCAUUUCGAGGAGGUGGUGUUCUCCUGUGGCUGUGAGAUUCGCUGGCUGCAGCUAUGGCAACAGAGAGGAGAGGCGGGUCUAGGCAGCCAAGAUUUAUACUGUACUGAUGGCUUCAAGAAGAUACUCCUGCAGGAAAUGAACAUUAGCAGCUGUGACUUCCCUGAUAUCAGCGUCAGUCAUAGCAACCUCACAGUUAUUGAGGGGGAUCGCGUGACAGCGAUCUGCAAUGGCUCCGGAUCCCCUUUACCUGAGGUGGACUGGCCUGUCAAUGGCUUGCACUCCAUCAGUUCACAAGAGGCCAAAGUCUACGGCAACAACACCAUUCAUUCCAUCAUCUUCACUUUGGACAAUGUGAGCAGAGAUGACAACAACUUCCUGCUAACAUGCACCGCCACCAACAUAGUGGGCAUGACCAAUGCUUCUGUCCACCUAACUGUUCACUUUCCUCCCUCCAUUGUGAGGCUGAGGGAGCCAGAACGCCGCCAUGACACAUGCAUAGAAUUCACUGUCCGAGGUUCACCUCACCCAACCUUACGAUGGUUCUACAAAGACAAGAAAAUCUCCCACACCGAAUACAUACGCCCUGAUAUGGAUAUAUACCAGGACUAUGUAGAGGGCUGCCUGACCUUUAAAAACCCAACACACCUCAACAAUGGCAACUACACUUUGGAAGCCAGAAAUGAUCUGGGUGUAGCCACCAGCACUGUGUAUGGACAUUUUCUCGACGAACCUUUCGACGGUAUAUCAGAUGAUUAUGGUUAUGUAACCCCACCUACAGACCCCCCCAAACCUGACGAAGAUACUACCGGGGUCUCCAUAGCAGUAGGACUGGCAGGGUUUGCCUGUGUGAUGCUCGUGGUUCUCUUCCUCCUCAUCAACAAGUAUGGACGGCGCUCCAAGUUUGGCAUGAAAGGACCAGUAGCAGUGAUAAGUGGGGAGGAGGACUCCGCCAGCCCCCUUCAUCACGUAAACCACGGGAUUAUCAGCCCCUGUACACUGGAUGGUGGGCCUGAUGCUGUGGUGAUUGGAAUGAGCAGGAUCCCUGUCAUAGAGAACCCGCAGUAUUUCAGACAUGGACACAACUGCAACAAGCCCGCCACCUAUGUUCAACAUAUUAAACGGCGGGACAUUAUUUUGAAAAGGGAGCUGGGGGAAGGAGCCUUCGGAAAGGUCUUCCUGGCAGAAUGUUACAACCUAAGUCCCACAAAGGAUAAGAUGCUGGUCGCUAUAAAGACUCUGAAGGACCCCACUCUCGCAGCCAGGAAGGAUUUCCAGCGUGAGGCUGAGUUGCUGACAAACCUCCAACAUGAGCACAUAGUAAAGUUUUAUGGCGUGUGUGUGGAUGGAGACCCUCUCAUCAUGGUCUUUGAGUACAUGAAGCACGGAGAUCUCAACAAGUUCCUCAGAGCCCAUGGGCCAGAUGCCAUGAUCCUGGUGGAUGGACAGCCUCUACAGACCAAUGGGGAGCUGGGUCUGUCCCAGAUGCUUCACAUAGCCAGUCAGAUCACGAAUGGGAUGAUUUACUUAGCAUCUCAGCACUUUGUGCAUCGUGAUUUGGCGACGAGGAACUGCCUGGUGGGGAAUGGCCUUCUGGUGAAAAUAGGAGACUUUGGCAUGUCCAGAGACAUUUACAGCACCGAUUAUUACAGGCCGGUUACCAGUUGGCAGGUGGGAGGUCACACCAUGCUGCCUAUCCGCUGGAUGCCCCCAGAGAGCAUAAUGUACAGGAAGUUUACCACAGAGAGUGACGUGUGGAGCUUUGGAGUCAUCCUGUGGGAGAUCUUCACCUACGGCAAACAGCCAUGGUUCCAGCUUGCCAAUAAUGAGGUGAUAGAGUGCAUUACCCAGGGCAGAGUGCUGGAGCGCCCCAGGCUCUGUCCCAAGGAAGUCUACGAUAUUAUGCUGGGCUGCUGGCAGAGAGAGCCACAACAGCGCCUCAACAUUAAGGACAUUCAGAAAGUGCUGGUUACUUUGAUGAAAGCCACACCGGUCUAUCUGGACAUACUGGGAUAAACUGGACACAAGAGAAAAAAAUAAAUAAAUCGGGUAAUUUUAGUUUGGACAAGAUCAUUACUGAAAAAUGAGUAUGCUGGAUCAGAAGGAAAAGGAUUGCCCUGAGCCAUAGUCUGGUGCAGAGUCACAACACAGUCUGUGAUGAAACCACACAAAUCAGAAAUGCGGAAUGAACUCUACCUUGUAUCAACUUGCUUGUCGUACGAGGAUUGGACGGACGUUAUUAGAGUGGAGAGAUGCGUCUUUAGCUGGCUUGGAAUGAACUGGAUUGCACUGCAUUGCAUCACAAUAAAAAAGAAAUGAAAAAGAAAUGUCUUGGACCUUACCCACGCGAUUGGGUCUGGGCUUGUGUUUUCAAGUCUCGCUCGUUUUCAGAUGAACUGAUUAAAAGGCCUCGACAGUGACGUGUUGAUUACAUCAAACUGGAAUGAAACUGGGUGAACCCGAUUGUAUGGGGUCAGGUAUGGUUUGGUUUUCUUUGCAAUAGCUUAGGUACCAUCACUUCCUCGUCUAUGCAUCCUCAUGUCACCCUGUCAAGAUCAGUACAGCUUUUGGUUCUUUCCUAGAUUUCAUGAGGUGUCCCAGGUUAUUUAUACUGAUCUCACUUUAACAUGUAUCUGUUUUCAUCGUGAGUCAGUGAUGGGGCACAUGGCAGUCGUACAAUAACAACUCCACACUUCAACUGGGUAGUGAAGAGGGUUAGUAAGAGAACCUAUACUGGGCAAAAAUGGUUGACAAACUUUAAAAAGGUUAUUUCACUAGAUACCACGAUGAAUUAAGUUCACUUUGCAAGUAAGCAAGCUGUCUUCAUAUACCUUUAUUCAUGUAAGUGUUACCAACAGUUGUUUGUCAACCAUUUUCUUUUUAGAGUAAUUCUGCAUUUAAAAACCGGAUGUGUGUGUAUUGUGCGAUAUCGUAACCAGGCUUCUCCAUUUUCUACUAGUUUCCCAUGUCAUGGGCUUGUCUCAUUACAAUUGCUUGACAAGAUUCGAGUCACUACACCUCAUUAGGGUUGGCCAGGUGUAAAAAUGUUCAAAUAGCGUUGAUUUUAAAACAAAAAAAGUGCAUAUUAAAUUUCACCAUUAGCUGUUGCACACUACUCAGCAGAUGCUCUUAAAUGGGAUGGAAUGCGACUUUUAAAGCCCACGAAUGAAACUGUAGCAACGUUGAUCCACUUUAUGGUGGAAAUAUGCCUCUAUGCUGUUUUACCCACAAAUAAACACAAAAAAAGGGCAGAGAGUGAUCCGUAGGACAAAUGAUUCACUCAGUGUAGCCUUUAUUUCUCUCAGUAACCCUUCAACUUCAUCCCUUUCACAUUCAAAAUGUUGCGAUGUUAGUACAUUUUAGUUUGAUUUCACUUUCAUAUGUUGUUGUUUUUUCACUCUCUCUACUGCAUGGCACAAGUGCAUUUAAUGUGUGUCCAGUUUUUCUUGUGUUCGCUGUCGACAGCGUCACAAUGCUCAAAAUCAGAAAAACAAUGACACGACUUAAUUAAACGUGGGUGUGUUUUUUGGUACUGGUCGCUUGCAAUAACCCGCCUCUCAUUCCUUUUAACGGACACGUGUUCUUGCACGUUCCUGGAUUGCUUUAUAUAAUUGAGGAAUAAUGCUAUUUCCAAAGUAAUAUCCAGGUAAUAAAAACUUUGUUUUUCAAGUGGCUAACAACAGCUAGUCACAAUGAUGAUGAUGAUGAUGAUGAUGAUGAUACAACAGACACACACAGAUAAAUAUAUGUGAUGAGAUGUCAUGAAACUAACUAGAAACAGAUGUGUGCAGCCGUGAUUCAUGGUAAUUACACAGACACAAUGUUACCUUGAAACAAAAGGUUAUGUGUCAAACAUGAGGGAGAUGAAUUUCAACUUUAUUGCAUGGAAAUGUAUGUAUA